AUGUCCUGCCAGCAGAACCAGCAGCAGUGCCAGGCCCCUCCCAAGUGCCCCUUACCCAAGUGCCCUCCAAAAAGCCCAAAACAGUGUCAGCCUGCAGCCUCUUCCUGCUGUGCUACCAGCUCUAGUGGCUGCAGUGACCCCAGUUCAGAGGGCGGCUGCUGUCUGGGCCACAGGCACCACAGGUCCCACCGAUGCCGGCGUCGGAGCUCCAGCUCCUGUGACCAUGGCAGUAGUCAGCAAUCUGGUUGUGGCCACAGCUCUGGGAACUGCUACUGA